UUUGCGAAACUUAUAUCAAAAUUAAAUACCACUCAAAAUCUGUGUUGAUAAUUAUUUAUUUUCUCGAACUUGGAUAUGCAGAACUAAUCCAAAGAGACCAGGGGAUUAUAAAGAAGCGUUUAAUGUAAAUUAUACCAACAAUGGGAAAUGGCCUGAUGAGCACGUACCAAUGUUUUCUUAUAAAAUGAAGAAAUUUUGUGAGCUAUGUCGGAAAUUAUCUCGAAGAAUUAUUGAAGUUUUAACUAAAGGAAUGAAAAUAAAAGACUCUGACUAUCUGAUGAAAUGUCAUUCUAGGAUGAAUGGAAAAGAUAAUUUCACGACAUUAAGAUCUCUUCAUUAUCCUCCUAUUCCUAAUGAUGUUGCACUGAAGCCUGGACAAUUACGACUCGGUGAACAUUGUGAUUAUGGAUCAUUCACACUAAUAUUUCAAGAUAACGUAGGAGGUUUACAGGUUGAAAGUUAUGAUGGAAAGUUUAUGGAAGCUGUACCGAUUCCGGACACAGUUCUUGUUAAUAUCGGAGAUAUUUUGCAAUUCUGGACAGACGGAAGGCUCAAAUCAACUAAACACAGAGUGAUGAUUCCGGACAUUCAAUCAGCCAGGAAUGUCGACAGAAAAUCUCUUGCGUAUUUUGUUCAUCCAGAUCAUGAAGUUGUUUUAUCGGGAAUUGAAUAUGGAGCUUCGUGUCUGGAUCAUCAUAAAAGAAUUGAGCCUGAAUAUAAAGAAUCUGUUACAGCAUUUGAACAUGUUAAUAAUAGGUUUCAAAGCAGUUACAGUAAUUGAGAAUCUUUUAUCAUUUGCACAAAUUAAGCAUUAUGCGCGAAAUUGAUUUCUCUUGUGGCUGCUAAGCAAAUUAUACUGCUGCCUCCAAAAUAGCUUCUCAAUAUCAAUAUUUACUGUGUAACAUGUCUGCCAUUUCGGAUCCUUUUUACGAUAUGUGGGAAAAUUGUAACUAAUCUAGAACUUUUGAGCAAUUCUAUCGCAUUUAGGUAUGAAGGUUCAUACAUAGAUUACAGCGGAGUUUAGAUUCAAUCAUCAUCUCGAUUAGUUGUGUUGUGUGCUGUUGUAGUGAUGUUCUAA